UUUUGCAUAGUCGAAAGUCAAAACCCUGCACCCGAAGGCUGAAGCGAGUGGGAGAGGCAGCAAGAAGAGAAAAAGGGGAAUGGCAUGGUUGCAGUUGCAGAGAAUCAUCACCAAUACCAAGGGAGGUGCUAAUUUGAUCUCACCGCUCCCACGAUUCUUCUCGAAAUGUUCCCCCUAUGUUUUGAAAGUUGGAAUACCAGAGUUUCUAAACGGGAUUGGGAAGGGGGUUGAGUCCCACGUUCCUAAGCUUGAAUCUGAAAUCGGUGAUUUCCAGAAACUUCUCGUCAUUCGAACCCUUAAACUCAAGAAGCUCGGUAUUCCUUGCAAACAUAGGAAGUUAAUAUUGAAAUACACACACAAGUACAGGCUGGGAUUAUGGAGGCCACGUGCUGAGUUCAUCACUGCCUGAUUGGUUUCUAAGUAGUAAGUAGUCGCUGUUUGUUAGACCAUAUUGCAAAUGUUUAGCCGCAGCAGAAUGACAAUGCUCUACUUGAAAAGAUCAAGUCGCACUGUCUUUGGAGACCACCCAUCUUUUCCAUCACAUUCAUCUCUUGUGGACAAAGUUUGGUUUUUGCACCAGUUAUGUAAUGUACAAUGGACUUGUCUUAAUUGACAGUUUGUGUUUGUUAUUUCAUAAUUCAUAUCCCGUGACAUCAUUGCAUAUUAUGUAAUGUAUCACUUGUUUUUAGCCAAAAGAAUAUUUCGGGCUUAGGAGUCCGCAAUGCUUUCAUUUACUUCAUGAUAGCUGCGGUUCAAUCCAAAGAUGCUGUUGCAGUUUUUUUGCAUCCCUUAUUAGUUGUUCCAUGAUUGACCGGAUACUCUGUUGUGCAUGAUAAAACUAGACAUUAUUUA